CGGAAGGAAGGGAUUCCAGCUGGGAGAGGAGACAGGCCACUGGGCCUAAUGCCAAACCUCCAUCCACCCUGCUCCCAGGGAUGGACAGACGGGAUGCUCAGCCCUGAGGGCCCCUCCUGAGGAGCCAAGGCCCCAGCUGCCAGCUUGCUUCAUUUCUGGAGCAGGGUGGGCUGCUGGCAGGGACAGGGCUGUCACUCUCUCACCAUAUACCUCGAGGCAAGCCACUUCCGUUUCCUGUGUCCCCAGCUGUAAAAUAUCGCUGUGCCAAUCAUCGCACCACCCAUUUCCCACUGGCACCACAGAAUCGGAGGACGGGGCACCUGGAGGCCUCUGAUCUGGAGGGCUCCUCCAGCACCUGGCUUUGUGCCUAUUGGAGCGUUUCUUGCAUUCAUUCAUUUGGCACACAGUCACUGAAGGGCCCCUGUGUGCAGGAUGCUGUGCUGGGUCUAGGGAGCUUGCAAGGAUUCAGAGGAUCCUUUAAGAGGCGGGGCUUGGCCGCCAGCCCCGCGGCCCGAGCAAAAGGCUGGGACUUUACUCCGGCGGCGGAGAACGAGUCCGUGCUCCAUCGGCUGCCGCAACCGCCGCGCCCGAGCCCGAGCCACGAUGAGCGGCCGGGUCGGCGACCUGAGCCCCAAGCAGAAGGAGGCGCUGGCCAAGUUUCGGGAGAAUGUCCAGGAUGUGCUGCCCACCCUGCCGAAUCCAGAUGACUAUUUUCUCCUGCGCUGGCUCCGAGCAAGAAGCUUCGACCUGCAGAAGUCCGAGGCCAUGCUCCGGAAGCAUGUGGAGUUCCGAAAACAAAAGGACAUUGACAACAUCGUGAGCUGGCAGCCUCCAGAGGUGAUCCAACAGUAUCUGUCAGGGGGCAUGUGUGGCUAUGACCUGGAUGGCUGCCCCGUCUGGUAUGAUGUCAUUGGACCUCUGGACACCAAGGGUCUGCUCCUCUCAGCCAGCAAACAAGACUUGCUCAAGACCAAGAUGCGGGACUGCGAGCUGCUUCUGCGUGAGUGUGCCCGCCAGACGGAAAAGCUAGGGAAAAAGGUGGAGACCAUCACCCUGAUUUAUGACUGCGAGGGGCUUGGCCUCAAGCAUCUCUGGAAGCCUGCGGUGGAGGCCUAUGGAGAGUUUCUCUGUAUGUUCGAGGAAAAUUAUCCUGAAACACUGAAGCGUCUUUUUGUUGUCAAAGCCCCCAAGCUGUUUCCUGUGGCCUAUAACCUCAUCAAACCCUUCCUGAGUGAGGACACUCGUAAGAAGAUCAUGGUCCUGGGGGCAAACUGGAAGGAGGUUUUACUGAAAUAUGUCAGCCCUGACCAGCUGCCUGUGGAGUAUGGGGGCACCAUGACUGACCCUGAUGGAAACCCCAAGUGCAAAUCCAAGAUCAACUAUGGGGGUGACAUCCCCAAGAAGUAUUAUGUGCGAGACCAGGUGAAACAGCAGUAUGAACACAGCGUGCAAAUUUCCCGGGGCUCCUCCCACCAAGUGGAGUAUGAGAUCCUCUUCCCUGGCUGCGUCCUCAGGUGGCAGUUCAUGUCAGAUGGUUCGGACAUCGGUUUUGGGAUUUUCUUGAAGACCAAGGUGGGGGAGCGGCAGCGGGCAGGGGAGAUGACGGAGGUGCUGCCCAGCCAGAGGUACAACGCCCACCUGGUCCCUGAGGAUGGGACCCUCACCUGCAGCGAUCCUGGCAUCUAUGUCCUGCGGUUUGACAACACCUACAGCUUCAUUCACGCCAAGAAGGUCAGUUUCACUGUGGAGGUCCUGCUUCCAGACAAAGCCUCAGAAGAGAAGAUGAAACAGCUGGGGGCAGUCACCCCAAAAUAACGCCUCCUCUGACAGCAGGCCUGGCUCCCUCAGUGUCUCAGUUUCUAUUCCUUGUAGCCAUCAUUUUUCCAGCACCCUGAUGCCCCGAGAAACUGGGCUAGAAGAAGGACCUCGGGCUGGAUCUGGGAGUUUUCGUUUCCGAAUUAGGAAGAGGGCGAGUAGAGGAGUAGGUCUCCUUGCCUCUCAAAUUACUAAGGAGUACCCAGGGGCUGGGCACCGUGAUAGGAUCCGUCUGUCCAGUAAGCUGUGCCAACUUCACCUACCAGUGACAGCUGAGACAGAAAGGGGGCGCCGGGAGGUGGCAGCAGGGAAGACAUUAGGAAAAGGGGGAGAGAUUGAAACCUAACACUUGAGGGAAGCCAGCAGCAGGGGAGGAACUUGCUCCCAAAGGAACAUGUAAAUCUAGAUCAUACUGAGGAGUAGCAAGGUAGCUGGUUUCUAGAGUAAUGGUGGGAGUCAGAGGCUCUUGUAAAUUUUCUGUCACCGGGGCUUGGAUCUUUUGGCUUUUCCCAGAUUUCAGGAGGUGGCCCAGAGUCAGCAUAGAUCCUCCCACUCAGGGGUAGCCAGGCAAGCCUCUCCCUCACCUUGAGAACUUCAGCAACUCCGGGGGCCCUCCCACUGGCUGCCUCUAAUUACUAACGAUUGUCAGUGACUCAGAGGUUCCUGGGACAGUGAGCUUUGGUACUCAGCCACUGUCCUCCAGUGCAAACAAAGCACAGGAAAAUUACCUCCAGGGUCCCAGCUCCACGGAGGGCCAGGAGGGCUGGGUGUGUGUGUGAGUCCUGAGGCUUCCACUCGCCUUUUUAGUGCCACCAGCCCCACAUCAAGUAACUCCAUUUGAGCACCCCCACAAAAUGACAAGUGGGAUCAAGGUAGUAUACCUCAGUCAGGGCAUUUCCCAGUCUGAGUCUCCCGUGGUGUCCGCCAACCUGCUUCCUGACUGACUUGAGCAAGGCCUUGGCAGUCCUGUCUCUGGGAGGCGGAGGGUGGGUCUAGCGGGUUCCUGGUGCCUGUUGGGGACGCUGCCCGGGCAGGGGACCACAGACUGGGCCUCAUCUGGCAGACCCAGGGGCUGAGAGCAACACAAAUAGCUCCAAGCCCCUCUGUCCACGGUAACAAGCUGGGAUGGCCGCGGACGCUCAGCGACCAGGGGCUGGAGGGCACCAACUCUGCAGCAACCACAGCACUUAAACCCAAUUCCUCGUCCUGCAAACGAACACCAGGUCCUGGGCUGCACAGACCGCGGGAAGGCGCCCCGCCUGGGCCCUCGCAGGAAGUCCUGUCCCUCAGAAACCCAGGCCCUGGCCCAGCCUGGGAAGCUGGUCUGGCGAAGCUGAGGGAGCAAGAGUAGGGGCAGGGCCUGCGCUGACGGGACGGGGCCCGAGGCUGCACGGGCCCCAGCCAGACCCCCAGGAGGACAUCCCAACCUCGGUUUACAACGCUCUUUUAGGAAAAUUAACCAAUGAAUAAAGCAACGUUCAGUGCACAGGAAGUCAAUGCCCACCGCUUCGCCCCUCGCUGCCCCUCACUCAGCCCCAAAUUUCGGCCUCAGGAGCCUAGUAGUAGCUACCCUCGGAUAGCCGGGGCGCAUGCGCAGAAGCCACCCGCUACUCGCCUCUUGCGUGCACUUUCCUUUGGGGCCUAACUGCCAGCUUGCCUCCUGAUCGCCAUCUUUACUGAGGGCACUAAGAGUGCUCGCGGCCGCCGUCGCUGUCAGGGCGGAGGCCCCGCCCCCUCGGGCUUCUCUGCGCCCCGGAUGGUCUUGCGCGCCGACAAGUGCGGGUCUGGC